UAUAUAUAUAUAACCUACUUUUGUGGUAGCUUACCUAUGCCUAAUUACCCAACUUGGGUUAUAAUCUUAAAAUAUUAUCUUAUCAGUGUAUUGUUUAUAAUUUAACUUUUAAUAUUUUAUUUAACAAAGUAUGGCUAUACGAUGAAGGCGUUUUUGAGCUUUGUUAUAAUUUUUGGUGGUAUUUGUAGUAAAGGUAAAAGUGACGAAGUAGAAAAUUUAACUAAUGUUGUACAACAAACAGUUUUGGAAAGUUUCAAGUAUCAGUUUCCUAAAGAUGCCUCACAGUAUAAGACAAAAAAUAUAAUUACAAAGGAUUAUGGUGCCUAUGAUUUUAUAAUUGUUGGAGGCGGUUCAACUGGGACCGUAGUAGCAAAUCGAUUAUCAGAAAAUUCAAAAUGGAAAAUUUUGCUUCUCGAAGCUGGUGGUUAUCCCAACAAAGUUACCGAUAUUCCUGCCAUGAUGUCUUAUGACCAAUUAUCAGAUUUUAACUGGGGUUUUAAUUCCACAACCCAAAAUUAUGCAUGUUUAGGAAUGAUUGACGAGAGAUGUAGAAUUCCUCGUGGGAAAGGCAUUGGUGGCUCAUCUCUUAUAAACGCUCUUAUGUAUCUUAGAGGAAACCCAUUGGAUUUUGAUCGAUGGGCUAAAAUGGGUAACCCGGGAUGGUCGUAUAAAGAAUUAUUGCCAUACUUUAAAAAAUCAGAAAGUAUGCAUCAAAAUUACGAUAAGACUGUUGUGGACUGGAGAUAUCAUGGAACAAGUGGAGAAUUGGAUGUGGAGUUUAUGAUUCCCGACAAUUUAACAAAUACUUUUUUGAAAGGAUUUUCAGAGUCGGGUUUUAAUUUAACUGAUGUAAAUUCGCGAAAACAAAUUGGUUAUUCACCGUUGCCAGUAAACCAAAAAAACGGUCGCCGAAUGGAUGAUGGCACUGCUUUUAUUUUACCAAUUCUAAAUAGAACGAAUCUACGUAUUUUAACAGGCGCAUAUGCAACAAAAUUAAACAUCAUUAAUAAAGUUGCUGAAGGAGUGACAUUUUCCUACAAAAACAUUUUAUAUACAGCCAAAAGUACAAAAGAAGUAAUCGUGUCUGCUGGAACUAUUAAUACGCCACAACUCUUGAUGUUAUCGGGCGUGGGUCCAAAACAACAUCUCAAAGAAAAAGGGAUUCAACUUGUUGAGAAUCUUCAAGUUGGUUCGGUUUUAAAAGAACAUCCAAUGUAUCAUGGAAUGGCAUUAACAAGUAAUUUAACUAUACCAAGGGAGAGUAUUAAAGAACAGGUUCGACAGUAUUUAAAUGGCACUGGACCAUUGACGGUUUCCAUGGGCGCGACUGCAGUGGCUUUCUUAAAAACAAAAAUGGAAAAAAUAAAAAAUUAUCCAGAUUUGGAGAUAUUACUUAGCACAGCUUGUCCUUCUACUUCGCCUAAUGUUAUAGGUUGGAAACCCGAGACAAUAGAGUCUCUAUAUGGGGCCAAAAAUUGCUUUUUGUUGCUUCCUAUUGUUUUGCACGAGAGAUCAUCUGGAAGUAUUCGAUUAAAUAGCAAAAGUCCAUAUGAAUAUCCCUUGAUUGACCUUAAUCUCUUAUCUAAUUCCAAAGACGCAGAUACCAUUUAUGAAAGCAUUAAAUUUACCUUAAAAUUAUUGAAAACAGAUUCGUUCAAGAAAAUUAAUGCCACCUACGCAGGGAAGCCAUUAAAGGCCUGCUCACACUUGAAGUUUUUAUCUAAAAAAUAUUGGUACUGUACCAUCGCACAGGCCACAUUCCACGUAUACCAUCCAGUAGGUUCCUGUCCAAUGGGACCUGAUAGAGCAAAGGGAGCUGUGGUUGACCACAAUCUCAAGGUUUAUGGGCUAACUAAUUUAAGAUUGGCUGAUGCCAGUGUAUUUCCCUUCACAAUUUCAGGACAUCCACAUGCUACUUGUACAGUUAUUGGGGAAAAACUAUCAGAUAUUUUAAAAAAGCGAUACAAGUGACUAUCGUCAUAACAAGUCGAGCAUUGUUCCUCAUUAGAUUGAAU